GCGCGCGCUGUCAAGUGCUUCCAGGCGGCCAGCGACUGCGAGGACAAAGGAGAAGGGGUUAACGGUGGCCAAGCGGCCGCCAAGCAGAAGAAGAAGCCGCGGUGCGACUACGCUGUCGCCAUCUUGCGCGACGGCAAGAAGCAACGUGUGUCAGCGCGCAGCAACGUCCGCUACAGGGCGCUGGCGAAGCUGGUGCCGCCCACGUCGAAUACGGUCGAGGGGCUGUUUUCGUCGUGCAAGCUUAUCAUGACCCCGCACCGCAGCUGUAUGCUGCCCGCGAACUUUGAGACGAUCGCCUUUUUGCGCGUUAACCGGGAGAUGUGGAACGCUGCGUCGCUCAUCGAGCAAGGUGAGUAG